CACCAAUUGUCAUUUUGUAGAUUGUUUAUUGGCUCCUUAGAUAAGUGUCGUAUUGGGAAAGUUCUCCUAACAAUGCCUGCCAAGCAUGAUCGAUCAUUGGAUUUCCUUCUAUCGUAGAUUGCAAAGUUUUGAUAUGAUUCUAGUCAUUUCCAAUCUCCAGGAGGCAAUGUGAGAUUUUUGUAUUCUUAAUUUCUAGCGACAAUAGUAAACUUCUUUGAAUAUUUCACCUGUAUCAUUAUCAAGAACCUCCACAUCUGUUCAACAUCGAUAUCCCGCAUCCGACACUCAUUUUGGAACAGAUAACCAAGAUUCCCAAACACCAAAGCCCAAAAUGGGGAAUGAUGAAGAGGAGCAAGAUACUCGUCCGGUGGGAUUUUGGCAUCGUGAUUUGAACGCGACGAGGAAACAUGUUAUCAAGAAAUGGAUUAUUACGACCGUCAUCCUUUCCAUAGCAAUCCUGUCCAUUCUUUCUAUUUACUGGAGUGUCCUCUUCCACGUCGAGAAAAACCUCUCGUCGCUUGUAGUCUGGGUAGUAGAUUUCGAUGCACAAGUUGCACCUUACACAGACACAACUCCAAUAGUUGGACCCGAGAUUGUGAAGGCUGCCGAGGCACUGGUUGCUCCUAAAGGUGCGCUGGGGUGGGGAAGUUUACCGGCUAGUGAUUUUGGAUAUGAUCCAAUGGAGGUUAGAAGGAGGGUUUGGGAGUUUGGAGCUUGGGCUGCAGUAAUAAUCAAUGCAAACGCAACAGCCCUCCUGCAAGAUGCCGUCCAAAACGGCAACUCGACUUUUGAUCCCAAGGGAAUUGCACAAAUAGUCUACGUACAAGCACGAGACGAGACGACCUACGCCAACUAUGUGACCCCCCAGCUACUCCAAUUCCAGUCCUCUGUGACCGCCAUGUUUGGCCAGCAAUGGGCUGCACAAGUAGCGGAUCAAGCGGCUGCCAAUCCGGCCAUCUUGUCCAAUAUACGAAAUAGUCCCCAGGCAAUCUCGCCCGCUAUCGGGUUCUCGACUUUCAAUUUGCGACCUUUUACUCCGCCUGUCGCUACGCCAGCGGUCAGCAUCGGUCUCAUUUAUCUAAUCAUCAUCUCUUUCUUUUCCUUCUCCUUCUACCUCCCUGUCCACACAAAAUACAUAACCCCCCAAGGCCAUCGACCCCUCCACUUCUACCAAAUGGUUAUCUGGCGCUGGUUCGCCACCGUUGCGGCCUACUUCUUCCUCUCCCUCUUCUACUCCCUGCUUUCCCUCGCCUUCCAGAUCCCCUUCUCAACCGGCCACAAAUCUAUAACGUCAGUCGAAAGCGCCACGGCCUACGGAAAAGGCACGUUUGUGGUUUUCUGGAUGCUCAACUGGGUAGGGAUGGGCGCGUUGGGUAUUGCCUGUGAGAAUGUGACUAUGAUUAUCGGACAGCCGUGGACUGCGCUUUGGUUGGUGUUCUGGGUCAUCACAAAUGUUUCGACGAGCUUUUACUCGAUUGAUUUGGCGCCGAGAUUCUUCUAUUGGGGGUAUGCUUGGCCGUUGCAUAAUAUCGUCGAAGCCAGUCGUCAACUCCUCUUCGAUCUCCACUCCCGCAUCGGUCUCAACUUCGGCAUCCUAUUCGCCUGGGUCGCAAUCAACACUCUCCUCUUCCCCUUCUGCUGCUAUUUCAUGCGCUGGCAAACCUUAAAGGGUCAGGAGAAAACCAUGGAUAAGAGAGGGAAUGCCAAGGAGGAUUCGGACACUAAGGGAGUGGAGGAAGCGUGAUGGAAAGGAAGUCUGAACAUCGACAUUUAGAUUUCCAUGUUUUGAGUCCGGGUUCAACUUUUUUUUUGGAGAUGUCUCGAUUGUUACCUGUAGAUGAACGGAAAGAUUCUUUUAAAUUGCGACAGGCAUUUUUAUAUAUAUCAAUGACAUCGAAGAUGUCGAAUGAAGUAUGGUGGGGCGAUGGAAGCUUGUACAUGUACAUAUCAGACGAAACUACAAUCUUGUAUAAAUAAUGAAAAUACAGUAAUAGGCAAUAACUAUCUUUGAA